AUGGGUACCAUUGUGGUCUGUGUGGUCAUGCUCCAGCUGGACAGGGGAAGGGUGCUUCUCAUUAUGGAAGAAACUUCUUCUGUGACUGAGUUGACCUUUGUGGGCAUGAGAGCAAAUGGCGUUGUCAUGGCCAUGAGUGAGGCCCUGGGGCAGUCCCUUGCAGGUUGGACCUUGGAGAGUGAGGCCCUGAUUCGAGAUCUGGGCACAUGGCUCCUAUUCUGUAUCUGUGCCUGCUGGGGAGUUUCUGUCCCUGAGGAGGGAGGAGGGCCAUGGGCUGGAACCUUCACCUGCCUCACCAACAACAUCCUCAGGAUCGAUUGCCACUGGUCUGCCCCAGACCUGGGUCCUGGCUCUGGCCCCUGGCUCCUCUUCACUAGCAACCAGGCACCUGGCAGCAAGCAUAAGUGCAUCUUCCAAGGCAGUGCCUGCACCCUGGAGCUGCCCCCUGAGGAGGUGCUCUUGCCCUCUGACAACUUCACCAUCACUCUCCACCGCUGUGUCUCUGGGAAGGAGCAGGUCAGCCUGGUGGACCCACAGUACCUUCCCCGGAGGCAUGUUAAGUUGGACCCUCCCUCUGACCUGCACAGCAACAUCAGCUCUGGCUCCUGUGUCCUCACCUGGACCAUCAGCCCUGCCCUGGAGCCAAUGACCACACUUCUCAGCUAUGAGCUGGCCCUCAAGAGGCAGGAAGAGGCCUGGGAGCAGGCCCGGCACAAGGACCGCAUUGUGGGGGUGACCUGGCUCAUCCUUGAAGCCAUCGAGUUGGACCCUGGGUCUACCUAUGAGGCCAGGCUGCGUGUGCGGAUGGCCGUGCUGGAGGACGACGUGACCGAGGAGGAGCGUCAUGAGGGCCAGUGGAGUGAGUGGAGCCAAUCUGUGUGCUUCCCCUCGCCCCAGCGAGGAGGCCUCCUGGUCCCAUCCUGGGGCUGGAUAGACAGCACUUUUAUUGCUGUACCUGUCUUUCUCCUUCUGACUGGCCUGACCUACCUCCUGUUCAAGCUGUCACCCAGGGUGAAGAAAACCUUCCACCAGAAUGUGCCUUCACCAGCAGUGUUCUUCCAGCCCCUCUACACUGUGCACAACGGGAAUUUCCAGACCUGGAUAGGGACCCAUGGAGCUAGCCUACAGCUGACUCAGGACUGUGUCAACACCCUGCAAGGAGCCUCAGAGUCCAACAUCUGGGAGGCCAUCACACUGCUCACCUAUGGCCUGGCAUGCUCCAGGCAAUCCUCAAGCCUGGAGGAGCAGGAGGGCACUGGUCCUGGUCUAUCAGAAGCCCUGAGCUCAGUGAGUGUGCAGCCAGCAGGAUGUGUGGAGUUGGGGGAACAGUCAGCCUACCUGCCACAGGAGGACUGGGCCUUUGUGUCCCUCACCAGGCCAGCUCCCCCGGACUCCCAGGGCAGAAGUAGUGACUACUGUGCCUUGGCCUGCUACAGGGGGUGUCAGCCCUCAGCCCUCUCAGGAAACAUACAGAGUACAUGGCCCAUCCCAGCUUCAGCCUGUGGCCCUUCCUGCAGCCAACAGGGUGCAGAGUCCCAGCAGGGAGACACCUGUGAGGGAGCUGGUCAUGGUCACGGACUGCAGGAGGAGCUGCCUUCUACUCUGGACAUGCCGCAGGCUCAGUCCUGAAAGUUCUAGAACUGUGACUCCAUUGCAUCAUGUCCAUUUUGGCGAAAAUGGACUAAAGUCCCUGGAGCUGACCCUUGGCUCAACUGGACCUCCUGGGAAGGGGCACCUGUGUAGUGGCCAGAGACUAGAUGGAAGCAGGAAGCCCUUCUCAGCCUCUGUGCUCCUGUGGGGAGGGGCCUCACCCUCAGCAUCCUGACAGCCAGCCCGUCCCUUCCCUCCACCCUUCUGGCUUUGUCCCAGUCUUCCCUCAGAAGAGGGUUGUGGACCCAAGCUGUUCUACCCUCACUCCCAUGAAGGGCCAGCUGGGCCCAGUGGACACCGGUGCGACACCAUGA